AUGUCGGCUGCCAAAUCUAUUGCUGCCGUGCUGGUAGCUCUGUUGCCUUGUGCGCUCGCUCAGGCGAACACAAGCUAUGUUGAUUACAAUGUGGAGGCGAAUCCUGAUCUGACCCCUCAGACGGUCGCUAAAAUCGACCUGUCCUUUCCCGACUGCGAGAAUGGACCGCUCAGCAAGACACUAGUUUGCGACGCGUCUGCUAGGCCGCAUGACCGAGCUGCUGCCCUGGUCUCCAUGUUCACCUUCGAGGAGCUGGUGAACAACACAGGCAACACCAGCCCUGGUGUUCCAAGACUUGGUCUUCCACCGUACCAAGUAUGGAGCGAGGCUCUCCAUGGACUUGACCGCGCCAACUUCACAGACGAGGGCGAGUACAGCUGGGCCACCUCGUUUCCCAUGCCUAUCCUGACAAUGUCGGCCUUGAACCGAACCUUGAUCAACCAGAUCGCGAGCAUCAUCGCGACUCAAGGACGAGCUUUCAAUAACGCCGGGCGGUACGGGCUUGACGUGUAUGCCCCCAAUAUUAACGGAUUUCGAUCGCCUAUUUGGGGAAGAGGACAAGAGACCCCUGGAGAAGACGCUUACUGCCUGGCGUCGGCCUAUGCGUAUGAGUAUAUUACUGGUAUCCAGGGCGGCGUUGAUCCGGAACACCUCAAGUUGGUAGCCACUGCCAAGCAUUAUGCGGGCUACGAUAUUGAGAACUGGGACGGUCACUCGCGUCUGGGCAACGAUAUGAACAUUACACAGCAGGACCUUUCCGAAUACUAUACGCCUCAGUUCCUUGUUGCAGCCAGGGACGCCAAAGUGCACAGCGUCAUGUGCUCCUACAACGCGGUGAAUGGGGUGCCCAGCUGCGCAAAUUCGUUCUUCCUCCAAACCCUGCUCCGUGACACAUUCGGCUUCGUCGAGGAUGGUUAUGUGUCCAGCGACUGCGACGCGGCGUACAAUGUUUGGAAUCCCCACGAGUUUGCGGCCAACAUCACGGGGGCCGCGGCAGACUCUAUCCGGGCGAGUACAGAUAUUGAUUGCGGCACCACUUAUCAAUACUAUUUCGGCGAAGCCUUUAACGAGCAGGAGAUUGCCCGGGGAGAAAUCGAAAGAGGUGUGAUCCGCCUGUACAGCAACUUGGUGCGUCUCGGCUAUUUCGAUGGCAAUGGAAGUGUGUAUCGGAACCUGACUUGGAACGAUGUCGUGGCUACGGAUGCCUGGAAUAUCUCAUACGAAGCCGCUGUCGAAGGUAUUGUCCUGCUGAAGAACGACGGAACCUUGCCUCUCGCCAAGUCGGUCCGCAGUGUUGCAUUGAUUGGCCCCUGGAUGAAUGUGACAACCCAACUGCAGGGCAACUACUUUGGACCAGCGCCUUAUCUGAUUAGUCCAUUGGAUGCCUUCAAGAAUUCUGACUUGGACGUGAACUACGCUUUCGGCACGAACAUUUCGUCCGACUCCACGGACGGGUUUUCCGAGGCUUUGUCAGCUGCAAAGAAAUCCGAUGCCAUUAUCUUCGCGGGCGGAAUCGACAACACCUUGGAAGCAGAAGCCAUGGAUCGCAUGAACAUCACAUGGCCCGGCAAUCAACUACAGCUCAUCGACCAGUUGAGCCAGCUCGGCAAACCGCUGAUCGUCCUCCAGAUGGGCGGCGGCCAAGUCGACUCAUCCUCGCUCAAGUCCAACAAGAACGUCAACUCCCUGAUCUGGGGCGGAUAUCCCGGACAAUCCGGCGGACAGGCUCUCCUGGACAUUAUCACCGGCAAGCGCGCCCCCGCCGGACGACUCGUAGUUACCCAGUACCCAGCCGAAUACGCAACCCAAUUCCCAGCUACCGACAUGAACCUGCGGCCGCACGGCAAUAAUCCAGGCCAGACCUACAUGUGGUACACCGGCACGCCCGUCUACGAGUUCGGCCACGGGCUCUUCUACACGACCUUCAGCGCCUCCCUUGCUGGCUCGGACAAGAACAAGACCUCCUUCAACAUCCAAGACCUCCUCACGCAGCCCCACCCGGGCUUCGCAAACGUCGAGCAAAUGCCUUUCCUCAACUUCACGGUGAAGAUCACCAAUACCGGCAAGGUCGCUUCCGACUACACUGCUAUGCUCUUCGCCAACACCACCGCCGGCCCUGCGCCAUACCCGAAUAAGUGGCUCGUCGGUUUCUACCGGUUGGCGGACCUGAAACCGCACAGUUCACAGACUAUGACAAUCCCCGUGACUAUCGACAGCGUGGCUCGCACGGAUGAAGCGGGCAAUCGGGUCCUCUACCCGGGGAAGUACGAGUUGGCGCUGAACAAUGAGCGGUCGGUUGUUAUUCGGUUUGUGCUGACGGGUGGAGAGGCUGUGGUCUUCAAGUGGCCUGUAGAGGAGCAGCAGAUUUCCUCUGCAUAA